AUUUUGUUUUUGAUAUUGUAAUGGAAGUUGUCAAGCUAGUGAAAUUCAAGGAAGCAUGUUUUCAUUUUUCAUCUUAUUUUUCUUGUUAAUUGGAGUUUUAGUAUUGUUGUCUGCUAUUAACAAAUCAAUUGGAGCAAGGAAGCUGUACGUUCAAUUGUUAUUAAAAAUUUUUGAGUUUGGUCGUGCAAAUAUCGAAUCAUCACAAAGACAUGACGAAAUCCACACAGAAUCAAAAGAAGCUGGUGACGAAAAAUGUGAAAGUGCUUUGGAAGAAAAGAAUGGUGGUGUAACCUGCAAUGGGAACAGUGUUAUCAGUAGAGACAAUGUUCUGCAACCUGUGACUGACAAAGAGUCAUCUUCUAACAUUCAACUAGAACCUAAAAAUGUACAAGUUUCAUUCCAAUUAGAAAAGUGCUUAACUUAUGUUAAAGCCGGUGUGGAAGCUAUUAUUGAGGAUCAAGUAACAUCUCGAUUCGAGGCGGAAGAAUUGAAAAAUUGGAAUCUGCUUACACGAACCAACCGUCGUUAUGAAUUCAUUUCAUGGAAACUGACCAUUAUUUGGAUGAUUGGAUUUUUUGUGCGAUAUGUUGUGUUAAUGCCUCUGAGAGUAAUUGUUUGCUUUAUUGGAGUUUUGAUAGCUAUUGUAUCGAAUUGUUUCGCCGCGUUAAUUCCAUUUUACUUUAUUCGCCAACCUGUAGCGAGUCUUUGUUACAAGUUAACUUUUCGAAUUUUUGCGCGAUCGUUAUCAACUGUAAUAACAGUCCAUAACGAGCAAUAUAAACCCAAAAAAGCUGGGUUUUGUGUUGCAAAUCACACUUCUCCAAUUGACAUUGCAGUUCUAUCCACAGAUUGCACAUUUUCUUUGGUUAUUUGGCUGACAGUAUGUACGUCUGUCGUUGGAUGUUUACCUGAAGGAGACAAAAAACGAGCAAUCGUUCAUGAUGUGCUUGGACAUUGCUUUUCAUUAUUAUCAAGCGCAAUAUCCGCUGUUGUAUACUAUCACAACAUUGAAAAUCGUCCAAGUAGUGGAAUAUGCGUUGCGAAUCAUACAAGCCCGAUUGAUGUACUUGUCCUAAUGUGUGAUACCACAUAUUCUCUGAUUGGGCAAAGGCAUGGUGGCUUCUUAGGAUUGUUGCAAAGGGCUCUUGCCCGUGCUUCUCCACACAUAUGGUUCGAGCGCGCUGAAGUUAAGGACAGGCAUACUGUUGCGGAACGGCUGCGACAACACGUGUCUGAUCCAAAAAAUCCUCCUAUAUUAAUUUUUCCUGAGGGAACAUGUAUAAAUAAUACAUCUGUGAUGCAAUUUAAAAAAGGUAGCUUUGAAGUUGGAGGCAUCAUAUAUCCAGUGGCAAUAAAGUAUGACCCAAGGUUUGGAGAUGCUUUCUGGAAUAGUUCAAAAUACUCGAUGAUGCAAUACCUUUACAUGAUGAUGACAUCGUGGGCAAUCGUUUGCGAUGUCUGGUAUCUACCACCAAUGUAUCGUCAAGAAGGUGAAUCGGCAAUCGAUUUUGCAAAUCGUGUCAAGAGUGUGAUCGCUAAACAAGGCGGACUAGUAGAUUUAGUUUGGGAUGGUCAGCUCAAAAGAUUGAAGCCAAAAAAAGAGUGGAUGGAAAUGCAGCAGAUCGAGUUUGCAAAGAGCCUGAAAAACGACUGAUAUGCUUUAAAUAUAAUAUUUAAAAAAAUAACAAAUUCCUUUGUUUUAUAAUUUUUAAAUUAUAAAAAUUUUCCCCCAUACCUUUGUAUCAUUAUAUUAUGAAUGCAAUAAAUUUGUAUAGGUCACAAUUUUCGACAACCUAAGUAUAA